UUCACAGUAAUAGUAUCAGCAGUGUGCAUUGGAUCAAGGACCACCACAAUCUCAUCUCGCCAACAUGGGGCUUACUAGCGAUCCAAAUUACCAAAAACUGGAGCAAUGGUACAAAUCCAACGCUGGAAACCUCAAUAUGAGGCAGAUGUUCGACGCUGAUAAGGACAGAUUUUCCAAAUUCAGUACAACACUUGCGACAGACGAUGGCGACAUCCUCGUGGACUACUCCAAGAAUCUCAUCAAUGAGGAAGUCAUGGGGAUGCUGUUUGACAUGGCAAGGUCCAGAGGUGUUGAGGCAGCCAGAGAGAAGAUGUUCUCUGGAGAAAAGAUUAACUUCACUGAGGGCCGUGCUGUCCUCCACAUUGCCCUGAGGAAUCGCUCUAACUCUCCCAUCAUGGUGGAUGGGAAAGAUGUGAUGCCAGAGGUCAGCAGGGUCCUGGAGAAGAUGAAGUCAUUCUGUCAUAGAGUGCGCAGUGGAGAGUGGAAAGGCUUCAGCGGCAAGUCCAUGACUGACGUGGUCAACAUCGGCAUUGGAGGAUCUGACCUGGGUCCACUGAUGGUAACUGAGGCCCUGAAGCCGUAUUCUAAGGGCGGUCCCAACGUUUGGUUUGUGUCCAACAUCGAUGGAACCCACAUGGCGAAGACCUUGGCCCAGCUCAAUGCUGAAACAACCCUCUUCAUCAUUGCUUCCAAGACUUUCACCACCCAGGAGACCAUCACCAACGCUGAGACUGCCCGAGAGUGGUUCCUUAAGACGGCUAAGGACUCCUCUGCUGUGGCUAAACACUUUGUGGCGCUGUCCACCAAUGCACCUAAAGUGAAGGACUUUGGCAUCGACACAAACAACAUGUUUGAGUUUUGGGAUUGGGUCGGAGGGCGCUAUUCGCUGUGGUCUGCUAUUGGUCUGUCCAUUGCGCUGCACGUAGGGUUUGAUAACUUCGAGCAGCUUCUUGCUGGAGCUCACUGGAUGGACAAUCAUUUCCGCACGGCUCCUCUGGAGCAGAACGCCCCGGUGCUGUUGGCCCUGCUGGGUGUGUGGUACGUGAACUUCUUCCAGGCCGAGACGCACGCUCUUCUGCCCUAUGACCAGUAUAUGCACCGCUUCGCCGCUUACUUCCAGCAGGGUGACAUGGAGUCCAAUGGCAAGUACAUCACUAAGAGUGGCACUCGCGUGAACUAUCACACUGGACCAAUCGUAUGGGGAGAGCCAGGAACCAAUGGACAGCACGCUUUCUACCAGCUCAUUCAUCAAGGAACCCGUAUGAUUCCUGCUGAUUUCCUCAUUCCCGUGCAGUCGCAGCAUCCUAUCAGAGACAAUCUUCACCACAAGAUCCUGAUGGCCAAUUUCCUGGCCCAGACAGAGGCUCUGAUGAAGGGGAAGACUUCCAACGAGGCCAGGAAAGAACUGGAGGCUGCAGGGAUGAGCGGAGAUGCACUGGAGAAACUCCUCCCUCACAAGGUAUUUCAAGGGAACAAACCCAGCAAUUCCAUCGUUUUCAAGAAGCUGACUCCAUUUAUGCUUGGAGCACUGGUCGCCAUGUACGAGCACAAGAUCUUCGUGCAGGGUGUUAUGUGGGACAUAAACAGUUAUGACCAGUGGGGCGUGGAGCUGGGCAAACAGCUGGCUAAGAAGAUUGAGCCUGAACUGCAGGAUGACUCUGAGGUUCACACCCACGACUCCUCCACCAAUGGGCUCAUCGGCUUCAUAAAGAAGAACCGUGCUUAGGCCCCUCCCCCUUCUUACAAGCCCCUCCCUCUUCUUUAACCCUCCUCCAGUGGAAUCAGUGGAUUACGUAUUGCCCAGACAUAGUCCAGGCUUGUUAGGCCUAAGCCUAAAAAAAAAAAGAGGCGCACUUUAUGCUUUAUUGUAAUCACAUUUGUGUAUUUGAAUGUUUUGUGCUGUGUGACAUUCGAUUUUGUUUGUAGGCCUGUUAACGAUUAAGGGAAACCAUGUUUUCAGUAUGCACUGAUCAUAGAGUGAUAUGCCCCUCCCACCCCCACACACACACACCCACACACACACUGACUGACUAAAAUAAAUGUCUUAAUUGUCACCUUAAA